UCUUCAAAGUAAAUAAUCUCAAGAAUGGGCAUAUAAAAUAGGCACAGCUUUACAUUAAAAUGCUUUGAACAAGUCUUACUAAAGUUUCAAAGAUUCCAGAGCAGUUACAUGUUUGAUACCAUUAAAAUGCUUGUCACAAGUCUUUGUAGAAUAAGGAUCACCACAGCUGUGUUUCUCACAAUGAUUGUUAAAUGAUUACAGACCUUCCAAGGCAUGCUUCAUAAACCAUUAUUGAAUCAGUGACCAAUCUUAGUAUUAGGCACAGCACAGAACAGUCUUUAUCAGUAAUUUUCCAUUCUGUGCCAAUUGUUUGACGGGCAACUCCCUUAUUAUAUUCUCCAAGCUGCCUUUAAGUUUCAGACAUCUCCCACCUAUGGCAUUGCAGAGGGAAGAAGCCAACGGCAGAGUCUUGCUGCAGUCUGGAGUCUCCAAAAGCCAGUCGAUUGUAAUGGGUUGCAAGAUGUGCGAGAAGUCGAAGGUGAACCAUAGGAAGGGUCUGUGGUCGCCGGAGGAGGACCAGAGACUGAGGGACUACAUCCUUGCGCAUGGCCAUGGUUGCUGGAGCUCAGUUCCUGUCAAAGCUGGUUUGCAACGGAAUGGAAAGAGCUGCAGAUUGAGGUGGAUCAAUUACCUGAGGCCGGGACUAAAGCGCAGUGCUUUUACUCAUGAGGAGGAGGCAAUGAUCAUGAAACUUCAUGCAAUCAUGGGCAACAAGUGGUCUCGAAUAGCGAUGCAUCUACCAGGAAGAACAGACAAUGAAGUAAAGAACCAUUGGAACACUCAUGUCAAGAAGAAGGCGAUAAAGAUUGAUGGAUCAGCUUCUCAUGACACCAUGGCAAAAUCUCUAGGCUCAGACGACCAAUCCCUGAGGAUGGAACAGUUCUUGGAUGAGAAUAAUAGCCAAAUCUUACUUUCAGAAACCUCAGCUUCGUUGGAAUCAUUUUCUCCAAUUCCAUGUCAGUCAAUACUGAAUGUUACCAAUCAUGCACAAUCUCAGAGAACCCCUCAACCUCCCCUCCCCAAAGUUCUAUUUGAAGAUUGGCUACCAAUGUUCAGCGACAAUGGUGGGGUGAAUCGCCGACAGGAAUCCACCUCGAAUUCUGAGGUUCUCAGUCCUCAAUUUCUGCAGCUUGACAUGAUAUCCACUGAUGACUUCCUUCAUGGAUUUGAAGCUAUAAGCAACUCUGGUGGAUUAAUUCAGCCGCACUAUGGGCCUGUAGAUCUUGUAUCAUCCAAUGAAACUUACGCCGGAUUCGAGUCGAACCACCACAUGUUUGUCGAUCUUUAAGUGAAGGUCAUACACGUUCAGAAAACUCAAGAAACAUUUCACAUUUGUUUGACAUUGAUGCAGCAAAAGGCAUUGGAACAUGUGGUCAAGUCUUUGUUCUUGUUCUUCUCUCAUUUGUUCUGUAGAUGAAUCUGAUGGCAUGCCCUGCUUUGUUCCCGUCUGAAAUCGAAAACUAGUCAAGUUGCUUUUUGUAUUUGGGGUAAGUAAUCGAGUUGGAUCAAGAAAUCAACAAAAGA